GGAAAUGUAAACAGUUCCUCGAAAACAAUGACUCUGAACAGUCAAAGUAAGUCAAGCAUCUGCUUGAUCGCAUGCUGCCUUUUCUUUGGCUCCUGCGAGGUGUCUGCUGCUGUUGUGGCAUCACCAAGGGACCAGUCUGGACCCGAUGGACGUGUGGUGGGUGGAGUUUCUGCAUCAGUUAAUGCUGCACCCUAUGCGGUAUCCAUGCAGUACAAGGGAACCCAUUACUGUGCCGCAAGCAUUUUAAAUGCCAACUGGCUGGUUACAGCAGCUCAUUGCUUGACCAACCGAGCGCAGGUCCUUGGGAGUACCUUAGUGGCGGGCAGCAAUGCAGUUGCAGGAACAGCGUCAACCACACAGAAGCGAAGCAUCUCCCACUUUGUGAUCAAUGACCUUUAUACAGGUGGAACCGUACCCUAUGAUAUUGGAUUAAUCUACACUCCGACUGCUUUUACCUGGUCCGCUGCUGUUUCUCCUGUAAAUCUACCCAAGUCUGGUGUGGUUCCCACUGGAACUGCAAACUUAUAUGGCUGGGGAAGUACUUCGACUUCAAAUACGGCCUCAUAUCCAAGCGUACUUCAAGUUGCUGCCAACCUGCCUAUCAUCAGCACUUCUUCAUGCGAAAAGGCGCUGAACAAAGACGUGCACUCCACCAACUUAUGUACAGGUCCCCUGACGGGAAAAGUGGGUAUCUGUACUUCCGAUUCUGGCGGUCCCUUGGUUCAAGGUAACGUCCUGAUUGGCAUUGUAUCUUGGGGAAAGCUGCCAUGUGGUCAGACCAACUCACCUUCUGUCUACGUGCAAGUUUCUUCUUUUAUAUCCUGGAUUUCAGCCAAUCAAAAAUUGUAACGUAUUUUAUUGUCUUUGUUUUAUAAAAUAAAUGUCAGCAAUCUAUAAAUUUA